GAAGCUCUUGGUCAGGCCCGCGGAAAUGGGCGAACAUAAUCUCCUUAAUCCUGGGUUUGUGGGACCGUUGGUGAACAUCCAUACGGGAGACACCUUCUACUUUCCCAAUUUCCGAGCCUCCGGAGGACAACUACCCGGCUUGCCGUCUCUCUCCUACCCAAGACGGGACAAUGUCUGUUCUUUGCCCUGGGCAUCCUCGGAGCCCUGCAACGGAUAUCCCCAGCCCUACCUCAGCAGCCCCGUGUCCAUUAACCCUUCCUUCAGCCGAGCCUGCGACCUAGCUAGAGUGGAAGAAAGCAAGUGCUACUAUAGGGAGGCGUGCUCCGAGAACGCGCCCCUCAAAAGGGAAGAGAGAGUUAGGGACGCUGCCUUGAUGCCCCUCGAGUCGGGCAUCCCCCACGGAAUGAGCGGCAAUUUCGGCAAAUUUGAUUAUCCGGCUCCUGAGGCGGCGGUGUCCCAUGACCCCCCUUCUUGUCAGUCGUUGGAGUCAGACUCCAGCAGCUCCUUGCUCAAUGAAGGGAACAAGGGCGCAACCAACGAGCCAUCCGCACUGGUCUCCCCUCUCAACCAAGGAAGCAAUCUGUCCGCUGGGGGUGCUCCCUGGUAUCCGAUGCACACAAGGUCCCGCAAAAAGCGAAAACCCUACUCGAAGCUGCAACUAGCCGAGCUGGAAGGCGAAUUUAUGGUCAACGAGUUCAUUACCCGCCAAAGAAGGAGAGAGCUCUCGGACCGGCUAAACCUGAGUGACCAGCAGGUGAAGAUCUGGUUUCAGAACCGACGGAUGAAGAAGAAAAGACUCCUUCUCAGAGAGCAAGCGCUGUCUUUCUUUUAGAGUUCCUCCCACCCGGAUGGGGGGGAACCGCUAAGACUCUUCCUAAGCCUUCGUGGUCGCUGAUGGUCCCGGAGACUCUUAGCUGAUGGGGGUUGAGAUUUUUUUUUUCCUUGAAUGAUAAUGUUAUUAAUAUUAAUCAGUAUCCCUUUUUUCAAAAUGCCCGGCAGUAGGCGUGGGGGGGGGGGUGGGGAGUUGUGUGCGCGCGGGUGUGUCUGUGCGAGAGCGAGCGAGCGAGCAAGAAAGCGAGAGUGUGAAUAUGAGAAAAUGUUUUUUUUCUGCCGCUCCUAAAUCUGUAGGGAAGCGCUUAGAAUGGGAAUGCGCAGAUACCAGGGAACGCCUCCCUCGGUCCGCCUGGGUUCUUGCAGCUAAAACAAGAACUUGCCAGCCAGGGUCGGGAGUGCUCCGUGAAUGCCAUUUCAGCUGGAUGGUUCUUGGCUUGGGCAAGCCGCCACACGUACCAAGCUUUCCCCAACAAGUCCCAAAAGGCUCCCCUCCCCGUUUUCUCUUUACCUGCUGACUCUCUGGCGGUCGGGUUGGGUUAGCUCGUCGGCAGGGAGAGGCGAAGGAAGGAAAGGAGCUGGAGAAGGAAGGAUUCGCUGCCCGCUGCUCGGCGGAGGAGGGAUGCGGGAGGGGGGGGGGAGGUUGUCCUGUUGGGAUUUUGUUAUUCGCUGGAGGGAAAAAAACAAAACAAAGCAGGCGUGGAUGUGACCUUGGACUGAAAUCACUCGGAAACCCAUUCUCCCGGAGGCUUUGGCGAGCCAGCUUUACAGGUUUGGUCAGAACUGGCUUUCAAGGCGCGAUUCGGGAAGAGGCGACUGUGGCAACCAGGUGAGCUGGAUAUCUCCGUCUCUAUCGACGCAGAUGGUACAGAUUAUCUACCCAGCUGUCUGUCUACCCAUUGUGGUGGGGAUGGUGGUGGGGAUGCUCAGGCAAUGGAAGGGGGGGGGCUGGUGCUACUCGGGAGUUAUUGUCCUGGAAGUCACUGCGGCAAGAGAGUGGGACCGUUCACUCAGCUUCCCCAGAGUGGUUCACGGGCUAUAAUUAUCUGUAGGUACGUGUAUGUGCGUAUGUAUGUAUGUGUGUGUUUGUGUGGGGGUGUGCGUUGUCUUUAGUGAGAUGACCUUCUACAGCAUUGGUAAAGUUUUUUUUUUAAAGGAAAAUUCUUAAGGAAGUGACCUCAUUUUAUUGUAUGUGUUUGUUUUAUCCGUGAACUGAGCCUUUCGAAGGCUGCCUUCCGCGUAAACGGGCUGCCUUCCUUGCAAUCUCCCCCCCCCCCCCCCCCCCCCGCGCAUUCUGCUCCCUGCCUGCCUCUCUCCCCUAAUAGAAUGCUUAACAAUAAUUUCAAUUUGUGCUUUAAUAAUAGCUCGGUUGAAGGAGAGGUUGUGCUGUUGAUUGUGCCCUUCUAUUUAUUGACGGUUAAGAAGGUGGUGAGAAGCGUGGGGGGGGGAGAUGGCCCCCUUUUUCUAUAUACAUUAACCACAGUGGAACUAAUUAAGCUAUUAAUAGCAUUUCCCGCUUGCAUGAUAGGUGCCCUCUAAUAUUAGUGCAUUUAUCAGUGAUUUCUGUGGUUAAAUGAACACCAAAAGGGGGUGUUCCCCUUGUCCUAUCACCCCCACUCUUUUAAUAUGUCUUAUAUUUACACUGUGAAGCACAGAAUAGGAAGAAAAGCAGUAUGGAAGCCCUGUUUUCUCCCCCCCUCCCUCAAAAUUCAAGAGAUUUCUGUCUGCGCCUGCACGCCCUUUUCUCGGAUCUCUGUACGCGCGCGCGUGCACACACACACACACACACACUUGAUUUCCAUUCCCGAUUUGCCAUAGGUAGCACCUGCCAACUGUGAACAUUUAUGGAGUGUGUCGCGUUAUUUCUCUCCUUUUUCUGACCCACCCACCAUGCAUGGCUCCCACUACAGAAUCCACUCGUGCAGAUAGGGGUGAUUUCCACCCAGCUCUUCAAGUCUGCCACCGACUCUCCCCCAGGGUUUCAUCUGCAUUUUUUUUCUUCUUACCAUCUAGAGCAGGACAGGAGAGAGAGAGAGAGAGAGAGAGAGAGAGAGAGAGAGAGAGAG